AGUAAAAGAGUUUGGAUAAGGCAAAGUCAGAGGGUUGAGGAUGAGGAAUACCGUGGGCGUCGACCGUUGGCUUCUCACUACCAACUUCUACUUUCCCCUCAAAUUCACUCCAACAUCCCAUUUUGGCAUUCGAGCUUCCUCCACUACCAACGCUUCAAAGGAAAGUGUUAGUUGCAAGUCGUUAUCAUGUGGAAGGAGAAGUUUACUAUCUAUGACUACUUUGUCUCUUGUUAUGCCCUGUGAUACAGUUAACAAUACCCUUGCAGCUGCUGAUGAGAGUUUUCGCUUAAUGGAAGAGAUCAGGAAGGUAUUAUCCAAGGGCAAGGCUGCUGGAGUACUUCGCCUCGUCUUCCAUGAUGCAGGAACUUUUGAAAUUGAUGAGAAAGUUGGGGGUAUGAAUGGAUCUAUAGUUUUUGAACUUGACAGACCCGAAAACAAAGGCCUUAAGAAAUCUCUGAAGAUUCUGGAGAAAGCAAAGAGUCAAAUAGAUCUUGUGCAACCAGUCUCCUGGGCUGAUAUAAUAGCUUUGGCUGGAGCUGAAGCUGUUUCAUUAUGUGGUGGACCUAGCAUCCCCAUUCAGUUGGGAAGAAUUGAUUCACUGUUGCCUGAUCCUGAAGGACAACUUCCUGAAGAAUCACUAGAUGCCACUAGCUUGAAGCAAUGUUUUGAAAGAAAAGGCUUCUCAACUCAGGAACUUGUUGCCUUGUCCGGCGCGCAUACUCUCGGAAGUAAAGGGUUUGGGAAUCCAAUUGUCUUUGAUAAUGCAUACUUCAAGAUACUCAUGGAGAAGCCAUGGUUGUCCUCAGCCGGCAUGACUAGUAUGGUUGGACUUCCCUCUGAUAGGGCACUUGUUGAAGAUGAUGAAUGUGUAAGAUGGAUAUCAAAGUAUGCUGAGGACCAGAGUUUAUUUUUUGAAGAUUUCAAGAAUGCCUAUACCAAACUUGUCGACACUGGUGCAACUUGGAAAAAAUCAUUGUAGUCCUCAAAAUUAAUCAGCAAUACCUUGUCAUAGCUGGUAACUUGUUUUGGUAUAUACAAGAUUCAAUGACCCAGCACCAAAUUCAGUCACGUGUCAACGGGCAAUCUUCUGAUAGGCAAUUCCUGAACGGAAACUUUGCAGCUGAAGUUCAGAAAUGAGCGGAUGCACUAGAAGAAAAAGAUAUGAAAUCAAAUGUUUUAUGGAGAGGUUUAGCCUUGUCUGCAUUUAUGCUCCAACAACUUGAUCAAAUGAUUGACAACAGUUUCUGCAUGCCAGUAACUACCCGCUACAGGAUGAUAAGAAAUAUUAUCUUGUUACACUUUAUCUAAAUAAAUGUAUGAGAGCAAAAAGGAGGGAAAAUGCGUAUAAAAAUAUACUGCAGCUUCAUUUAGGUGUUCAUAUCACACAGUCAUUUUUUUUCUGGAAACAUUGUCUGAUUAUGUCCAAAGGGUAAUUCCACUAAAUGUUUAUAUUCCUUUUUCUUUUGGACAA